AAAAUCUACCCUAAAAUCAUUUUUUAUAAAUUUGUGACAGCGCAAAUUUAAAAAAUGACUCAUUGAAAAAUGAUAAGACAUCGUUGUUUCAAAGAAAAGUCGGACCAAAAAAUAUGAACAUAUCUUAACACAAAAAUUAAAAUAAUUUUCUUGUUAAUAAUAAUUCAAAACAAAAAAAUUAAAAAUAAUGAAGAUAUUACUUAUGAUUCUAAUGUCAUUUACUGUAAGUAUCAGGAGCGAGAUCCCUGACUGGACACCCAUAGGGAGUCCGCUAAUCACUGCUUACCCCUGUGGGCGUAAAGAUAUAGUUACAUGGUUCGACCCGAGUUUACCAGCGAGGGAGAAGAAUAGGUAUUACGUGUAUAUACACAAGAUAUUACCACAAAAUAGUCGUUUAAGAGUUGUGUUUGAUACGGAAGUGACAGUCACAAUCAAUUUUAGAACGGACACCAAAAAGUAUGUAAGAGUAGAAUUAGAUAAAGGCGAACAAUUCCUUUAUAGAUUUUAUCAAGAAUUUAAAGGUAUGGGAUUUAUAGUGAAGGGCGCUGUACCGGGAGUCAUACCGUAUUUCAAAAGCAUAGCCAUUAAUAAUGAGGAAUUGUGCUACCGACCGUAUGUGGAUUACCUCGAAGCAUACGUAGAUGAAACACUAACCAGUGGACCUCAAGAGAACUGCGGUGUGCGUAAGGUUAGACUGAGGAAGAAAUUUCCUUACCCGAACGCUGCGAGGCCAGGGGAGUGGCCGUGGCAUUCCGCUAUAUACAGAUUUGACGAUUCUGUAUCAAAGUACAUAUGCGGUGGAACACUCAUUUCUAAGACUUUUGUAUUAACUGCCGCCCACUGUGCAUCUUUAAGAGGUGUUCCACUAUCCCCCGAAGUUUUGACUGUUUUCCUCGGAAGAUAUAAACUGAAACGACGUAGUAUUGGAGCGCAAAAGAAAGAGGUCCAGAGGAUAAUACUUCAUGAAAGAUUUGAACACAGAUUUUUGUACAGUGAUAUAGCAUUAUUGAAACUGAAAUCUGAAGCAACAUUCACGAAAUACGUGCAACCUGCUUGCCUGUGGUACAGUAAAGCUAUAGAAAAACUGCCAAAUGAUACCAUUAUUGGGACGGUUGUCGGAUGGGGUCUGAAUAGUUCUGAUGUCUUCACCUAUCGACUCAAGCAUGUUAAAAUGCCAAUGGUCUCAGAAACAACGUGCGUGUAUAGUAACGAAGCUUACGCCGACAUAGUUGUCGAUGACUCUAAAUUCUGCGCCGGCUUUCGUAAUGGUACUUCAGUCUGCAACGGUGACAGCGGCAGCGGAUUUCAAAUCUUCGUUCCAGAUGAAGUCCAAACUUCCUCCAAAGUGAUAAGUGGAGCUUGGUACGUCAGAGGAAUAGUCUCACUCACGGUUGCGAAGCCCGACCGACCGGUCUGUGACCCAACUCAGUACGUCGUGUUCACGGAUAUUGAGACGUACAGAGUGUGGAUAGACGCCUACAUUCAGGAUGAGGAUUAUUAGAGUUAAACGAAAAUGAUUUUAUUUUCUGCAAUAAAAAAUUAAAUGAAUA